AUGGCGGAGGAGGCGGCGGUGGCCGUGUGCGUGCGGGUGCGGCCGCUCAACAGCAGAGAAGAAGAACUUGGAGAAGACACCCACAUUUACUGGAAAACUGACAACAACGCUAUUUAUCAGACUGAUGGGGGUAGAUCCUUCAAUUUUGAUCGUGUCUUUCAUAGUAAUGAAACCACUGUAAACGUGUAUGAAGAAAUCGCAGUACCAAUCAUCAAUUCUGCCAUACAAGGCUACAAUGGUACUAUAUUUGCCUAUGGGCAAACUGCAUCAGGGAAAACACAUACUAUGAUGGGUUCUGAAGACUGUUUGGGAGUUAUACCCAGGGCCAUUCAUGACAUUUUCCAAAGGAUUAAGAAGUUUCCUGAGAGAGAAUUUCUCCUACGGGUGUCUUACAUGGAGAUCUACAAUGAAACCAUUACAGACUUACUUUGUAAUGCCCAAAAAAUGAAACCUUUGAUAAUUCGGGAAGACAUCAAUAGGAAUGUUUAUGUUGCUGAUCUCACAGAAGAAGUGGUUUAUACAGCAGAAAUGGCUUUGAAAUGGAUCACAACGGGAGAAAAGAACAGACAUUAUGGAAUAACCAAAAUGAACCAAAGAAGCAGUCGUUCCCAUACAAUUUUUAGGAUGAUUUUGGAAAGCAGGGAGAAAGGUGAAUCUUCCAAUUGUGAUGGGUCUAUCAAGGUGUCUCAUCUGAACUUGGUUGAUCUUGCUGGCAGUGAAAGAGCUGCUCAGACAGGAGCAGAAGGUGUGCGUCUCAAGGAAGGCUGUAAUAUAAACCGGAGCUUAUUUAUUUUGGGACAAGUGAUUAAGAGACUUAGUGAUGAACAGGUUGGUGGUUUCAUAAAUUACCGAGAUAGCAAAUUAACACGAAUUCUUCAGAAUUCCUUGGGAGGAAACGCGAAGACACGUAUCAUCUGCACAAUUACCCCAGCGUCACUUGAUGAGACUCUGACCACGCUGCAGUUUGCCAGCACGGCCAAGUACAUGAAGAAUACUCCUUAUGUUAAUGAGGUGUCAAGUGAUGAAGCUCUUUUGAGAAGAUACAGAAAAGAAAUCGUCGAUCUUAAGAAACAAUUAGAGGAGGUAAACACAAAGACCCGGGCACAGGAAAUGGAAAAGGAUCAACUGGCCCAGCUUCUGGAUGAAAAAGACUUGCUUCAGAAAGUGCAGGAUGAGAAAAUUCAGAACCUGAAGCGGAUGCUGGUGACGUCAUCUUCUAUUGCAUUGCAGCAGGAGCUAAAGGUUAAAAAGAAACGAAGAGUUACUUGGUGCUAUGGCAAAAUUAACAAAAUGAAGGAUUCAAACUAUGUAAAUGAAUUUAAAAUCCCAACAAAUGUAACAACAAGAGCUCGUAAAACUUCUGUGACUCUUUUGGGAGAAAAUUCUCUAAUGAGAUUGGGAGAGAAUGAUGAAUCACUUUCUUGUGAGACGGACCUGUUCAGCAACACUCUUGAGCCGUUGACUGAGGCAGAGUGGAGCUCAGCAACAAAGCUACUAAGUGAGGAAAACUUAGAAAGUGAGUUGAACUCACUUCAAGCUCAAUAUGAUGAUCUGGUAUUAGACUAUGAACAGAUAAGAAGAGACAAUGAAGAACUGAAAUUGAAAUUAAAAGAAAAACAUGACCUAGAGGAAUUUGAGGCUCUAGAAAAAAAAGCGGAGAAAGAUCAAGAGAAUGAAUUAAGUUCAAAAGUAGAGCUUCUUAAAGAAAAAGAGGACCAGAUUAAGGACCUGCAGAAAUACAUAGAUGCCCAGAAGGCAGAAAAGAUGAAAAUAGACCUGUCAUGCUCAUCAGAAACCACUGAAGAUUUAAAACAAGUGAUGCAGACUCUGUCUGAUAUGGAUGUUGUGGCCCUUGACGCCAAGAGAGAGUCAGCCUUCCUCAGAAGUGAAAAUCUGGAACUAAAAGAGAAAAUUAAUGAACUUUCAGAUUCUUGUAAGCAAAUGCAAAAUGACAUUCAGCUGUAUGAGCGUCAACUAGAGGCUAAAAAGAAAAUGCAAGUUGAUCUGGACAAAGAAUUACAAUCUGCUUUUCAAGAAAUAUCGAAACUCACGGCCCUGGUCGACGGCAAAGGUUUACUGUCUAAUUUGGAACUGGAGAAAAGGAUUACUGAUCUCCAAAAAGAACUAAAUAAAGAGGUUGAAGAAAAAGAAACUUUGCAAAAAGAAGUUAACUUGCUCGUGGAACUGAAAUCUUUGCCAUCUGAGGUAGAAAUGCUGAGGAAAGAGCUGCAUGAGAAAUCUGAAGAGCUUUCUAUAAUAGCAACAGAAAGAGAAAAGUUGUUUUCUGAAGUAGCUCAUAAAGACAGUAGAAUUCAAGGUUUACUUGAAGAGAUUGGAAACACGAAAGAUGACCUUGCAGCUUCCCAGCUGAAUAACAAAGGCGAUGAUGAAGAAUGCCAGAGGCUGAGAAGCCUUCAUGUGGCACUUGAGCACGAAUAUGAAGUGGUACUGGAGGAGAGGGAGAGAAUGAAGCAGGAAAUAGGGAAUCUCUCUAAAGAAGCGGAAAGCCUUGGUUUAAGUUUGGAUUCCUUAAAGGCGGAGCUUUCUCACAAGUCUCAAGAGCUUGAGCAGAAAACAAGCGAAGGUCAAGAGAGGCUAAAUGAGGUGGAGGAGCUGAGAGAAAAGUUAAAAAGCAGAGAUUCCAGCCUGCAGUCUGUGGAGAAGGAGAAAACUCUGCUUACUGAGAAGCUUCAAGAAACGCUGGAGGAAGUGAGAGCCCUAACCCAAGAAAAGGAAGAGCUAAAGCAGCUGCAGGCCAGCCUGCAGACGGAGAGGGACCAACUUAGAAGCGACAUCCAGGACACUGUGAACAUAAAUGUAGAUACUCAAGAACAGUUGCGAAAUGCUCUCGAGUCUUUGAAACAACACCAAGAAACUAUUAACAUGCUGAAAAUGAAAGCUGCUGAGGAAAUGUCCAAGACUUUGCAUAUAAAGGACGGGGGAGAAGCUAGAAGUGAAGUUGAGCAAAAGAUGGCUGACAUGGUUGAAGAACAGACUCUACUGGCUGAAAACACCCAAAUGUUGAUUGCAGGUGAUAAGGACAAUGACGUAACUGAGGAACAGAGGAAAAUAUGUUCUUUAAUGCAGGAGAAUAAUAGACUCCAACAAGCACUGGAAAGUGUUAUAGCAGAAAAGGAACAACUGAAGAUGGACCUGAAGGAAAAUAUCACAGUGAGUAUUGAAAACCAGGAAGAAUUAAGAAUUCUUAGAGAUGAACUUAAAAGGCAACAAGAGCUGGCUGUACAGGAAAAAGAUCAUGCCACAGAGAAGAGUGAGGAGCUCUCCAGGGCAUGUGAGAGACUGACAGAAGUAGAAGAAGAGUUAAAGGAAAAGAACCAGAAACUCCAAGAGAUAACACAGCAACUUCUAAGUACACAAGAGGAUAUGAGUAAGAUGCAGGAAAAGAUGAUUGAAAUGGAGAACUUAAAGAAUGAAUUUAAGAACCAAGGGUUGGCAUUGGAACGCAUGGAAACAGAGAGACUUGAGUUGGCUCAGAAGCUUAAUGAAAAUUAUGAGAAGACGAAAUCUAUAACCAAAGAAAGAAAUGAUCUAAAGGAAUUGCAGAAGUCAUUUGAAGUAGAAAGACAACAACUUAAAGAGUAUGCAAGAGAAAUCGAAGCUGCGGGCCUACAAACAAAAGAAGAACUAAACAUUGCUCACAUGAAACUAAAAGAGCACCAAGAAGUCAUCAAAGAGCUAAGAAGAAGCAUUUCUGAGAAAGAAGCUCAAACAGCCAGCACUCAGGACACAGAAAAGUCUGAUGCCAAAUUACAACAAAAGAUCCCAGUGCUCCAAGAGCUACUUCCUAAUGUAAGAGAAGCCACAGAGAGUUCAGGAAAGGAGAAUGAGCCGGAGCCCCGGGAAGAGCACUCUGGAACAGUGGACUCUGCACCACCGGAGAGCAUAGAAACAGAAAGCCUUGGGCUCACCAGGAAACUUGAAGAAAGUCGGGAAGCUGUCAGCUGUCUCACCAAAGAGAGAGAUGACCUGAAAAUAAUACAAGAAGCACUUCAGGCCGAGUGUGCCCAGCUGAGAGAAGAGGCCAGAAAAACUUUAGCUAAGCACCUAGAAACUGAAGAGGAACUUAACCUUGCUCAUCGUUCCCUGAAAGACCAAGAGAACAAAAUUGACACACUAAUAGUGAGCCUCUCCCAAAAAGAAACUGAGCUGUCAAGUAUUCAGGCACAACUAGAGUCAACCACUGAUGAACUAGAGAGAAAGGUUCAAGAGCUCUAUAAGAAACAGGAACAACUUAAUGUAAAAGAAACCAGUGAGGCUCAGGGGAAAAUGAAUGAACUAGACCAAGUCAAGGCACUUCUCUUGGCCAAAGACUCAACACUACAGAGUAUAGAAAAUGACAGGCUCCAAUUGAAUAAACAACUUGAAGAAAGUCAAGAGGAAAUAAAAACUCUAAUUAGGGAAAGAGAAGAACUGAAAAGAAUACAGGAGACUCUUCAUGUGGAAAGUGAGCAACAGAAAGAAAAGAUUCAAGAAAUUGGCGCUAAGCUCCAAGACCUUCAGGACAAAGAGUAUGAAUGUCUUAUGAUGAAGGCUAUCACGGAGACUCACGGAUAUAGAUGUGAAGUAGACCGCUUGAAUGAGCAGUUGGAGGCCCAGAAAUCAAAUCUGGAAAAGGUGGAAGCACAGAAAGUAAACUUGACUCAAAGACUUCAUGAAACCCUUGAAGAAAUGAGAUCUAUAGCGAAAGAAAGAGAUGAGCUGUGGAGUGUGGAGAAGCGCCUCACAGUAGAGAGAGACCAACUGAAGGAGAGCCUUGAAAAAACAGUAACCAGAAGCCAAGAACUCCAGGAAAAAAACCACCAACUUUCUCAAGUCGAAGCUGAUCUCAGAGAAACUAUGGAUCAAAUGGAGCAAUUGAAGAAGCAGCUAGAAGCCCAGAAUUCAACUCUGGAGAGCACAGAAAUAGAGAAGUUAAAAUUGACUCAACAACUUUAUGAAAACCUUGAAGAAAUAAGAGUUGUCACUAAAGAGAAUGAUGGCCUAAAAAUUAUGCACGAAGCCCUCAGAACAGAGCAAGAACAACUAAGGGAAAGUCUUCGACAAACAGAAGCGAGCGAUCUGGAAAAGCAAGAGAAUCUAAGAAUUGCUCACAUGGAUCUGAAAGAACACCAAGAAACCAUUGACAGACUCAGAGGGACUGUCUCUAAGAAGACUGAUGAAGUAUCAAAUAUGAAAAUGGAAUUAGAAAAUGCAAAUAUUAAGUUACAAGAAAAGGUUCAAGAACUUAAGACAAAUGAGCUUCAACUUGUUAAGUUAAAAGCAGAAGCCAUUGAAACCCAGAAGCAACUCAAGGAGCAGGGUUUAACUCUGAAUAACAUAGAGAUGGAGAAUUUAAAUCUGGCUCAGAAGCUUCAUGAAAACCUUGAAGAAAUGAAAUCUAUAAUAAAAGAAAGAGAUAAUUUAAAGAGAAUUGAGGAGCUACUCAAGGCAGAGAGAGACCAGCUCAAAGAAGACCUAAGGGAAAACAUGCACAAGGACCAUCAAAACCAUGAUGAGACAGUAAACCGUGCAAAAGCGUUACUAUGUGGAAGAGAACAACCCUGUACAGAAAACCUUCGAGAAAAGUGCCUCAGGAUAAAAGAGCUCCUGAGAAGGUACUCAGAGAUGGAUGGUGACUAUGAGUGCUUGAACAGGUUCUCACUCGACUUGGAGAAGGAGACUAAGACCCAGAAAGAGCUGUCAGUCACUCUGAAAGCAAAGCUCUCACUUCCGUAUCCGCAAACAAAAGAGAUUGAGAAGCUACUUACUGUAAACCAGAGAUGUUCCAUGGAAUUCCACAGAGUCCUGAAGAAACUUAAGUAUGUGUUAAGCCACAUUGCAAGGAUAAAGGAAGAACAACAUGAUUUCAUCAAUAAAUUUGAAAUGGCUUUUAUUGAGGAAGUGGAAAAGCAGAACAAACUACAAAUUAAAAUACAGAGCUUUCAACCAGGUUAUGAUAUUCUGUCCAGAGACUUACAGAGCCUCAAGCUGAGCCAGGAUAUGGACCUCCAUAUUGAGGAAAUUCUCAAAGAUUUUUCAGAAAAUGAUUUCCUCACCAUAAAAACUGAAUUCCAACAAGUCCUAAGUAAUAGGAAAGAAAUGACUCAUUUAUUGGGAAAAUGGCUGAGUACUCCUUUUGAUACAGAGAAGCUUAAAAGUGCCAUCCAAAAAGAAAACAAUAGCGUGUGCCAAGUGAAUAACUUCUAUAAUAGCAAAAUAAUUGCCAUGAUAAAUGGAUCCACAGAGUUUGAGGAAAAACAUGCUAUUAGAUCCAAAGAAUUGGAACACUUCCUGAAAUCACUAAAAGAAAAAACUGAACAACUAUCUAAAGACUACCAGACAUUGUCCGCAGCCCAUGUGUGUCCUACUGCACAGCCUCCCACACAGGACAGUAAGAAUCUUCAUGUUGCCUCCGGAGCUGAACAGCCAGCCUCAGAGAAAAUUCGGGAGCUAGAAAGCUCCCUACAAGAAGCUAAAGAAAUUGCCAUACAUAAAGAAGGCCAGAUUACAAAGAUGCAGAAAGAACUAGCAAUGACUAAGGAUUUAGUAGCAAAACUCCAGAGCAAAGUUCAUGAGUCAGAGGAGUGCCUUGAAAACACAAAAGUGACAGUACAAAUACUUCAGAACAAAGUUGCUUUAGGAGCUGCACCCUAUAAAGAAGAAAUUGAGGAUCUCAAAAUGAAACUGGUGAAAAUUGACCUAGAAAAGAAGGAAAAUGCCAAGGAAUUUGAAAAGGAAAUUCUUUCUACAAAAGCCACUGUUGAACAUCAAAAAGAAAUGAUAAGACUGCUGAGAGAAAAUCUCAGAAGAAAUCAACAGGCCCAGGAUACCUCAAUAAUAGCAGAACGUGACUCUCGGCCUUUGAGUAAACCUUUAACCUGUGGAGGUGGCAGUGGCAUUGUCCAAAGCACAAAAGCUCUUAUUUUGAAAAGUGAAUAUCUGAGGCUGGAAAAUGAAAUGUCUAAGUUAAAGAAGCAAAAUGACCAGCUAAUAAAGCAAAAGAAUCAACUAUUAAGUGAAAACUCUCAACUCUCCACGGAAGUUAACACCUGGAAGGAAAGGACUCUUAAAAGAGACUCUUUCAUCGUCACAGCUCGAGAGGACUCUCCAAAGUCUCCUAACAUGACUAGGGCAGAUGCUAAAAGGAGACCAAACACACUGUCUCGGUGCAGGGAACAGAAUUACCAGGAUCCUGUACCAAAAGACUCACCAAAAUCUUGGUUUCUUGAUAACCGGCCCAAGUCUCUCCCACCACCUCCCCCAAUCCGCUAUUUUGAUAACUCCGUUUUAGGGCUGUGCCCAGAGGAACCAGCUGCAGAAGUAGAGAAUGUGGACCCUCAGACAGAAGUUCGUCAGCCCUCAUCAGGAAAAGACGUGCCUGAGUGCAAAAUGCAGUAGAGUCCCCACUCAGCAUCCUUUGGAACAGUUCUCUUCAUGUGUUCACCUGACAGUGAUGUCUCAGUCCAGCUUAAUUCCAGUGUAACUUCGCCAUUAUAAUUAGAAGAUGGAAGAACAAACUAAUUUACUCCAGUUAUUUAGGAUGGUGAUAGCAGUACUACUUUUUGCAUUUGUGAUACUCCCAAACGAACUGUUUUAUUUAUUUUUAUAUAGUCCAAAGAAUAAAGGUCUUGCAUAAUA